AUGUUUUCCAUUGGGAGGAAGGAAGGACUUUGGGAAGAAGCGGAUGGAGUUGAACAGCUGGUAGCAGCGGAGCGUCGUCUUAGCACGAACACAUCACGCACAAUGGCGGCCAUUUCCUUGGGCUUCAUCGUCAUGGUGACGCCGUGGACCAUCCAGGAGGUGGUGGCUGCGUGCACGGGGUCCAAGGUGCCGCCAUUCCUGGACUUCCUGGCGACGUGGCUGGCGCUGAGCAACAGCUUCUGGAACCCCUUCCUCUACUGGCUGCUCAACAGUCAGUUCCGACUCGCCUGCAGGGAGAUGUUCUUCUCAAAGGGAGCAAAUGCAUGUGACAGUAGAUCAGUUGGUAGAUUGACUAAGGGAGGAAGGGAAGAGGAAAAGCACAACCUUUUGCACUUCUAA